AUGGCUCCUCUGCCGGAUAACACGGGUUUUGCGACUGCCUCUGCUGAUGGCUGUGUCAAGGUGAUUGUGAAGGAUGCGCUGGCAGCAGGGAGGGGAGAGAAGCACCUAACAGUGGUGAACACGCGCACUCUCAAGAUGUCAGACGAUGUGCUCAGUGUGGCUUUCAGCCCUGACGGUCGAUACAUUGCACUCUCCCUCUUAGACUCCACCAUCAAGGUCUUUUUCGUCGACUCUCUCCGUUUCUUCCUGUCUCUCUACGGCCACAAGCUGCCAGCCAUCUGUCUUGACAUCUCAUCCGACUCACAGCUGGCAGUGUCAGGUUCAGCUGAUAAGAGCGUCAAGAUCUGGGGGCUCGACUUUGGAGACUGUCACCGGUCGCUCUUCGCGCACCAAGACAGUGUGAUGUGUGUCAAGUUCGUGCCCCGCACACACUACUUCUUCUCAUGCGGAAAGGACAGGAGAGUGCGCUACUGGGAUGCGGACAAGUUUCAGCUGCUGCACUCACUGGACGGGCACCACGCUGAGGUGUGGUCACUAGCCAUCAGCCCCCUGGGUGACUUCCUUGUGUCCGGCUCCCACGACCGUUCCAUCCGCCGCUGGCAACGCACCGAUGAGCCCUUUUUCCUCGAGGAAGAGCGGGAGAAGCAGCUCGAAGCCAUGUUUGAAGCCCGGGCUGUGGCACUACCAACCGACGCACGCCGGCCAGAAGGGGGCGACGACGAGGAGGAGGGCGGCGAAGGGGCAGAGGCGGCGGGGCCGGGCGGCGCAGCGGGGGAGCUGGGCGGUGUGGGAGGGGCGGCGAGGGGCACGCAGGAGACGGUUUGGGCGGCAGACUCGAUCAUUGAGGCGGUGGAGCUGGCCUCUAUGGAAGAAGCUCGGAUGGUUCCCUUCAUCAAGGACCCCAGCGACCCGACCUCGCUCCUCCCCUCCUUCCAGCCCAACGUGUUGCUCCUCGGCCACUCCCCCGCGGCCUUUGUGCUGCGAGCUCUCGCCAGCGUCAAGCCCUCCGAGCUCGAGCAAGCGCUGCUGGUGCUGCCGUUCACAGUGGCUCUGCGCAUUCUGCACUUCGCCCCCCACUGGCUGCACCGCCCGCUGCCGCAGCUGGAGUUUGCCGCCCGUGCCCUCGUCUCCCUCGUGCGCAUCCACCACUCCCAGCUCGUUGCUACACCUACUGCCCGGCCCCUUCUUGCUGCUGUGCACACACUGCUACGGGCGUCACUCAAGGACGCAGUAGCAACAGUGGGAUGCAACUUGGCUGCCAUAAGUCACAUCAAGUCCCUUCUAGCGUCAUCCCAGGCGUCCAUAGAGGGGGGAGACGGCACGGGCAUGGCAGAGAAGGUGAAAGAGAUCAGAGAGCGGCUGGCCAAGGGGCGCAAUGCGGUGGUUGCAGAGAAGCUGCAGCGGAGCAAAGCAGAGAAGCGCAAGCGCAAGGCAGAGAAGCAGAAGGUGAAGAGCUGA